UCUAGCACACGUCAUGAAAAUCUGACGUACCAGAAAGGGCAUCUAAAAAACAUGCGUAUAACGGUAAAGAAAGUUGUCAAUGUCACAUUUAAAUAUAAAUGUGUAGCAUAGACCGCUUAUUAUUACAACUGAUAAACAUUUUAAAGUGAAAGGACGACUAAUAAAAACCAGUUUUUUUCGUCUCGUGGAAGAAAUAUUUUUCAAGGAUUAUGUCAAUAUAAUUAUUAUUUUUUGGUAAAUUUAAAAAGUAAAACAAUGGUGACAAAGGAUGAAGAAUUGUUAUAUGAUCCAGAGUUGUUGAAGAAAUUGGAUUUCCGACAAACGGAUGCUAAGUUCUCGCCAAGUAUUACUGCCGUCUCGCCUGGUGAAACAUGGUUGAAAGUGAGACCAUUAUCGACUGGUGAUUAUGAUAAAGGAUUUAUCCAAUUGUUAUCACAACUUACGGCUGUUGGAAAUAUAUCGAAAGAAGCGUUUUUAAAACGUUUCUUUCAAAUGAAAUCUCAAGGAGGUUAUUACGUAACUGUAAUUGAAGAUACACGUAUUAAUCGAAUAAUUGGUGCUGCAACACUUGUUACGGAAUUAAAGUUUAUCCAUAACUGUGCAUUACGGGCACGUUUAGAAGAUGUUGUGGUUGUGGAUACAUAUCGUGGAAAACAAUUAGGAAAAUUAAUUGUGGUAACGGUAACACUUUUAUCAAAAUUACUUGGAUGUUAUAAAAUGACUCUAGACUGUAAAGAUAAAUUGAUAAAUUUCUAUGAAUCAUUGGGUUAUAAAUUAGAACCAGGAAAUUCUAAUUCAAUGAGUGUACGUUUUGAUACGCCAUCAAAUAAAUCUCCAUCUUGACAAUUAGCCGUCAAAACUGUUAACAAAUCAAAACUAUAGAAAUUACAUAGUUUCAUGUAAGCAAUUGAUUUGAUUUUACAUUUGAAAAAAAUCUUUUAAUUUUACAAAAUUAUCUUGUUUUAUUGUUAUCAAUUUUUAUCUAUUCUUUUAUUUUUGAUUCGCCUGAUUUUCUAUUUCUACAAGAUUGGAAUUAUCUUUUUAUUGUUUCGGAAUUUUUUAUAGUUAAAUUAGGCGUAAUACUCCUUUUUAAAGAAAUCAUGUGCGCGGCGCUGGGCGCAUAAUCAUCUGAUGAUUAAGAAGCACUGUGUUGUCCUGAAAUGGCAGAGUGGACCGUUUUGUGCCCUGCCAUGAUAUUAAGAAUUUUUGAUAACGAUAAAAUUGAAGAAACAAAUUAAAUACUGCUUAAAUUUACUGCUUGAAAAUAAAAAUUGAUUGCUUUAGUUUUGAUGAGUUAGUGGUUUUGACGCCUUGGAUGUUUUAUUUUAUUGGAAUAUUUUUCAUAAACUGAAUAAUGAUUUAUCAA